AAAGGUUUGCAGUCCAUAUUUGACUAUCAAUGGUGGCUUUUAUAAAACCUUCUGCAUAUCUGACCACUAACCAUACCCACCAUCACUUCCACUUGCAACAAUGGCUCAAUCUUUGAUCUCAAAAUGUUCAAUUCGCCAUUCUCAAAGCCCUAAGCUUUCUUAUCCCCUUUCAUUGUCUUCAUCCUCAACCCCCCCACCUCAGUUCCUCUCUUUCAAACCCCGCUUACCUGUUUUCUCUUUCACCGCCGGCGUCUCCUCUUCCUCUUCUCCGGUCACGUCUCCUCCGCUCGGUGCUGAUGCAGAUUCCACCAUGGAUGCUGUCCAACGCCGGCUUAUGUUUGAAGACGAGUGCAUUCUGGUUGAUGCUAAUGAUGGUGUUGUUGGUCAUGAUACAAAAUACAAUUGUCACUUGAUGGAGAAGAUUGAAUCCGAGAACUUGUUGCACCGUGCUUUCAGUGUAUUCUUGUUCAACUCAAAAUAUGAGUUACUCCUUCAACAAAGAUCCUCAACAAAGGUGACAUUCCCUUUGGUCUGGACAAACACAUGUUGCAGCCAUCCACUAUACCGAGAAUCUGAGCUUAUUGAAGAGAAUUGCCUUGGUGUCAGAAAUGCUGCACAGAGAAAGCUUCUAGACGAACUCGGUAUUCCUUCAGAAGAACUUCCAGUUGAUGAGUUUAUUCCCCUAAGUCGCAUUCUCUACAAAGCACCAUCUGAUGGAAAGUGGGGCGAACAUGAACUUGAUUACCUGCUCUUCAUUGUACGGGAUGUGAGCAUGAACCCCAACCCAGAUGAGGUUGCAGACGUUAAGUAUGUGAACCGCGAGCAAUUAAAAGAGCUGGUGAGGAAAGCAGACGCGGGCGAGGAGGGUCUGAAGCUGUCUCCAUGGUUCAGGAUAGUUGUAGAUAAUUUCUUGUUCAAGUGGUGGGAUCAUGUCGAAAAGGGAAGCCUACAUGAAGCUGCUGAUAUGAAGACCAUCCAUAACCUGUAAUUUCAUCAUUCUUUGAAAAAGAUGUUUGAUUUAUAAAAUUAUUAGUGUGAUUUUGGUAUUGCUUUUUUUCCCACUUAUAUGUUUGCAAUAUUGGAUGACUGAGGUUAUGCAUUAAGGUUAUGUAAUAUUUCAAAAAAAUAUAUAAAUAUAGCCCUUUGGAUUUUCA